AUGACGGUUGUUGUGGUUGAUAUGAUUGAUGAGAAUGCGCUACCUGCGGUAAAGGAGGUUGCUGUUGUUGAGAUAUCUGGGGUGCUUGAGACACCUGAGGCACCUGAGGAUGAGGUGGUUGUU